GCUGAGCAAGCCGGCAGCCGGAGAUCCCUCCCGGCCGCGCCGUGCCGGAGUUCCCACUAGCCGAGCUCUUAAAAGCCGCCGCCUUUCCUCCCUCUUCUCGGGGGCGCGCCAUGGGGUCGGUGUCCCUGAAGCUGCCGGCGCCCCGCCGCCGGCACGGCGGGCCCCUCUCCUGCCUCUGCUCCCCGGCGCCGCUCAACCUCCUCAUGCUGCUCUCCCUCCUCUCCACCAACCUCCUCGCCUUCUUCGCCUUCUUCGCCCCCUCCCCCCUCCACGACCCCGCCACCACAGCCCCCUUCUCCUCCUCCUCCAACCUCUCCGCGCACGUCGCCGCCAUCGCGCUCGAGAUCGGCGGCGCCUCCUCCUCCCCCGGCGCCCGCCUCCCGGACGGCCUGCCCCCUGAGCUGCUGCUCUUCCUCACCCCGCACGCGCUGCCGCUCGGCCGCGACGCGCGGACGGGGCUCACCCACAUGCCGGCCUCCGUCGCGGCCUCCUGCCUCCGCUCCCCGUCCGCGCUGGCCCUCCUCUCGGCCUUCAUGUCCUACGCGCCCCACUCCGCCUGCCCGCGCAACGCCACCCUCCCGCGCCGCCUCGUCUCCAAGGGCUGCGAGCCGCUGCCCCGCCGUCGGUGCCUCUCCCGUGGGCCCCGCGCCCCGCUCCCGGCCUCCGGCAUGGGCCUCGACCACCGCCGCUGGGUCGCACCCGCUCGCGGCGGCCACGAGUUCCUCGUCGACGACGUGCUGCGCCUGGGCGCGUCCAAGAUCCGGAUCGGCUUCGACGUCGCCGGCGGCGCGGCCAACUUCGCCGCCCGGAUGAGGGAGCGCGGCGUCACCGUCGUCACAUCCGUGCUCGACGUCGCCGGGAAGCCGAUGAACGAGUUCGUGGCGUCAAGGGGCCUGUUCCCGCUCCUGCUCUCGCCGGCGCACCGGUUCCCCUUCUACGACGGGGUGUUCGACCUGGUGCACGUCGGCACCGCGGCGCUGGACGAGGCCGGGGCGCCCGCGAUGGGGCAGGCGGCGACGCCGGAGGCGCUGGAGUUCUUCAUGUUCGACGUCGACCGCGUGCUGCGCGCCGGCGGGCUGCUCUGGAUCGACAGCUACCUGUGCCAGAGCGAGGAGAGGAGGCGAGUGGUUGCCAAGCUCAUAGAGAGGUUUGGUUACAAGAAGCUCAAGUGGGUCGUCGGAGAGAAGGCCGGCGGCGCAUCGACAUCAACCUACCUCUCCGCUGUGUUGCGAAAGCCAGCAAGAAGCUGAAAUCGUACAGAAGGAUUGUUCAAUCCAGGCUCCUUAAUCGGAGGUGGGAGAAAAAGUGUUGCUAAAUGGGGUCUUUGCUGCUUCUGUGACCAUGAUUUGUGCUAGUAUCUUCUUCAGCGUGUUAUAUAUGGUCUGCUGGAAGGCUGGUGCUGGCCAGCUCAUCGACAAGGUAAACACUGGUAAUUCACAGUUCAUCUUUAUCGGGAUGAAGAUUUGUAGCUUACAUGCUGACAGUUUCACCAUGACUACAAUUGUCUACAUUCAAAAAUAAAUUUGGUAGUAAUUUGAGCGAUUUGAAAAAGGUAAAAAAAAAUGCGCAUCCAGGGAAUCGAACCCUGGUCAGUACCGUGGGAGGGUACUAUGAUACCACUACACCAGAUGCGCUCAUUUGGUGAUGCUUCUUUCCUUUACAGUAGGAGAACUGGCGCUCUAGAGUAUUCAGAACUGAAAAAAAACAAGUAAUGGAGAAGUGGGGUAUCGAUCCCCAUACCUCUCGCAUGCUAAGCGAGCGCUCUACCAUCUGAGCUACAUCCCCAAUACAUGUCCAUACACCAGGAGCUAGGUACUCCUGCUCUGAAUCCGAACGAAGCCAGGUUAUGUGCAACCUUAUUACAGGAAUCGGGUACAGAAACUGAAAACAAAAGUGUCAUGAUUGUCUGCAGGAGGUUCAGCCUGAUGUCCUCGAUCAGUAAGCCUCUCCAGACUUGUUUCACUAGUUUGUACUUAAGAAAGAGAUGUCCGCCAUCCUCGUCGGGACGCAUAUAUACAUAGCGGGCAUCUAGUAUCCAGCUCAACAUGCUUGCUUUUGAUAUUCAUCCUCAAAGGCAGGCUGUUAUACGCCAGUCUCCAAAGAAACAUGCGUAUUUUGGGGGGAAGGUUCAGGUUCCAAAUCCUAUUCUGCCUGGAACCCACAACAGAUGUGGUCGCCUUUGCAAUCGCCAAACCAAAUCGCCAGGACCCGACCUAACUGUCACACCUGGGACGGACCGCUACGGGUAUUGGUUACCGCAUCGACAUGUCUUUCAUCAGGCAUAUACAUAUUUGGGAAUCUCAUUGUGUCUCUGAUUGUUACUAGUGGCAAGUAAUUUGAACACUACCAGGGUUGGGUUUAGGAAUAAGUUACAAACUUUGUUUUUAUGGGAGAAAGGAGACUGGUACUUUGGUGAUA